CAUCCACAGGCCUCGCCAGACCCAGGGAACUUCAUCCACCAGCUCGGCUCCACAACCUGGGGUUUCUGGGGAAAUAUUGAACUGCCCCGAGGGCUCUCACGCUUUUGGUUUUGAGAUCAAAGUGCAGCCACCGCAAGGCGCUAUUGAAGAUGAUACGAGUGUCAACGCCAUCCAACUGUUCUGUCGCACUCCUGACGGAACCAAACGGUGUGAUCACUUCCCUAAGCACGAACAAGGGUUCCUGGACGGGUGGCCACGUUUGUGAUUCAGGCUUCAUCAACGGUUACGAUCUUAAGAGUGAAUCUGAGAACGGUCCUCGAGAUAAUACUGCCGCCAACGCCUUACGCCUGUAUUGCAUCGACCAGACAGAUUACUUGGAGGCUCCGGGCAAUAAGUGGGGCCACUGGCUGGGUCCAGUUCACUGUCGUCAAGGGAUGGCCGUUUGCGGCAUCAUGACCCGCGUUCAAGAGAACCAAGGAGUCAUUACUGACGACACCGCCCUCAAUGACGUUAGGUUCCUGUGUUGCGACUUGCCUGCUUGAAGUACCGUGUGGUUCUAAUAAUUAAGUUCAUUAUUGUUGAACAGUAAAAUUUACGUAAAAAGUUGAAAUCUUAUUUUACAGCAUUGCUGAAAUAAAGGCUGGCGAAUAAAACUAAUGAAAAA